AUGGCUCUGAUCGGGUUGGCUAGCGCUUCGCCACUGCUCGGACUGCCUGUCGAGCUCCUCGAGCAGAUCUUCGAUGACGCCUGCAACGACGCACCGCCGACUCGCCCACUCUGCCGCGCGCUCCUGCCUCUCUUCGACAGCCUCUCUCGCCAGCGGCACAAGCGAGUCAAGAUUCGACAGCCGGAAGCGCUCCUCGACUACGGUCGGACUGUCCAAUGGCGACCCAUCGUGGGCGAGUUGUGCGAGUCGCUGACGGUCACGCAGGAGGGCGGACGCUUCCUCGACAACGUCCCGCCUGUCGACCUUCGCAACUUGCUUCCUCGCCUCCCGAACCUCGUCAAACUCGACCUUACAGGCUCAGCUCUCGUCACAAACUUCUCUGAAUACGCGGCAUCGGGACUUGAAGACGAGAAGCGGCUACCCGACCUGCGGACCCUCGCCUUGACAUCUUCCGACCAGGUCGACUAUUCUUCCCCGUUUCCCAUCGAAGGUCUCUACCCUUUCCACCGACUCGAGCGCCUCUCCAUUACGAUCUCCUACCUGAGUCGCGGUGCCAAUGACUAUCCAGCCCCUUCGUUCCCCUCCCUCCGCUACCUCUCCUUCAAGUUCCGCAUCGUGCACGACUUGACCGGCAUCACCCGCAUCAUCGAAGCCUCUCCCGCCCUGCGCCAGCUCGAAGUACACGACUACGUCCGGCAGCGCAACUUCCACCGCCUGCUCGAAGCCGCCGCUCGACUCGGAAGCGUCACCGACUUGACCCUCGAGGGCGCCCCUUGCCGCCGGGCGAUGGAAGGUGCCGCAGGAGGUAGCGCAUUUCACGAGGUUGACGAAGCUCUCGCUCGCGCACGGCUGUACCGCGAGACGAGCACCGACACGAAGCCUUCCGGCUCGCACCUCCUCAAGCUCAUCACCGGCCCCACAAAAUUCCCUACCCUCCGCUCACUGAAUCUCGACAACCUCGGACCCGGAUUCUGUCGAGACAUCGACGAGGAGGAGGCUCCAGAGGCGGAACUCGAAGAAUGGCUCAAGACGGGCUAUGAGCUCGUCUACUUCCCAUCGAGCUUCUCAAUCACUCAUUGGGUCAACCUCUGUGACGCAGCACGCGUCGAGUCUGUCGAGUCGACAGGCUCAAUCAGGGAAGCCUUCUUCGUCGACUGCAGCGUUUUCGAUACGCUGCGCGUGGUCGAGCGGCGUGUUAAGGAGCUCAAAAAAGCGGAGCGAGAUGAGUGA